GCCGGCUGGGAGGAAAAAGAAGACGAGCCCGUAAAGUCGGUGUACGAUGCAUAACGUACGACGGAGGGAGUGCGUAAGAAGAGUGAAGAAGAUCUUCGGAGGGAGUCCCUCUCGCCCUCUCGAAGGAGGCGCACGGCGCCACCGUGGCCAUCCGACGAGACGACUUUCCGUUCACGACUAUAAGUAAGUCUUGCACGGCGCGUCGCGGCUUAAUGCCGUUACCGCGUCCGUGGCGCCAAGAGGAAGACCUACUGGCGACGACGAUAAGCUUCCUUCGAACGGCCAAAGCGACGGCAAAGGAGAGGAAAGAGCAAAAGAGAGAGAGAGAGAGAGAGAGAGAGAGAGAGAGAAAAGGUGGGAGAGAGGGAGGCGUGGUGAACUUAUAUUCCGUAGGAUGGUGCGGAUGAGCGACAGUGUAGAUAACACGUGGCCGUCAGUCGCUGCUACUAUUGCUAGUGUCCAACUUCGCUCCGCUCCUGUGUCGGUCUGCUCGCCGUGUUGAUCAGUGAUCGGGUGUACGAACGAACAUCGCGCGCGCGACCGUCCAUCCCACGCACUAUGCAACAUCAUCCUGGCGUUUGCGUUUUUUGACGAAAAACACAAAGGUUACGAAAAAUUCAAUCGUGCUAUUAAUUAAACUCGUGCACAACAUUCAUAUACAUAUCGAGUGGUGGCGAUAAGAAGGACGCCGUCGGUGAUCGCGCAGAGAGGGUACGCGUGAUCACCGCGCUCUCGUAAAUUUUGUCUCACAAUUUUACGUUUGAAUCAAACAUUACGCGUUCUAAUCGAUCGACGUUGCGAUCGAUAUUACAACAUUCUUGUCCGUCAAGUGUCAUAAUGUCCGGGAUUCUCUACACGCUGCUGGGUCUCGCGGCUAGCACGAGCCUCCACUGCGCCGUGCGCCGCGAAAUCAGCCCGUGCACCUGCCGACAGGAGGAGUUCUCCAGUCCCGUUAUCAAUCAGGCGCCGGUAACCGCGUCCAUCGGUGGUGUCGCCAACACCAACAAUAACGCCGGAGGUAACGGCGGUGGCGGUGGUCACCACCUGGGAGAGCGUAUCGAGGUGCUGUGCGAGAAGAUGAAGUCGUUCGAUCAACUGGCCGAAGCGCUAAGCGGCAAAUUCACCCCCGAGCAGCAGAUCACCUUGCGGGUGACGCAUUCGGAUCUGCACGACAUAUCCCGCCACGACUUCAAGGAACUGCGUAUGUCCAUCACCCGGCUCGAGUUGAAUCACGAUUUUAUAGGGGUCCUGGACGGCGACGUUUUCGCUGGUCUCAGUCGAACCCAGUACUUGAGUCUGGCGGACAACGAGGUGCCCGCAAUACCGAGACAUAUCUUGUCGCAUCUGUCGCUGCUGAGAACUCUGGACCUCAGCAGAAACCGGAUAAGCCGUAUCGAUUCGGAUGACUUCAAGUACAAUCCAAUGCUUCAACACUUGUUUUUGGCCGGAAACGCAAUAUCCGAGAUGACUCCAGGCUCGCUACCGCCUCUGGUUAAGCAUUUACACGUCGGGAGAAAUCGUCUGCAUACUUUGAAUCACACUCUGAGGGAUUUAAAUCAACUCGAAUGGCUACUCAUUAAUUCUAACGAGCUCACGUCGCUCGACGGCGAGCUACCGUCGUCCGGUCACAAUCUCAAGAUGCUUUAUGCCGUGGAUAACAAGCUGACGCAUCUGCCGGCCGAGUUCCGAUAUCUCCAUCGUCUGGAGAGUCUCUUCCUUCAGCACAAUAAGAUCCGAAAUCUCGACGGCACUCUGCAAAAGGCCAGACGUCUGAAAUAUCUGAAGCUUUCGUACAACGAGCUGCAAGAGCUGAACGCGGACGAUUUCAUAGAGGCCGAGAUGUUGGAGGACCUCGAGCUCGGCCACAACUCUCUCAAGUCCCUCGGCGGUGCGGAUGGCGACGGUAACGGGAGUAGCGCUCUUUAUCCACUCCGAUCGUUGAAGGUCCUCAACCUGACGCACAACGAACUUCGCGAAUUCUCCCUUGCGUCUUUGCGCGGUGUGCGCGAGCUCAGGCUGCUCGAUCUGUCGCACAAUCGAAUCGCUCGACUCGUCAGGGGUAGGCCGUCCUCAGAGAAUCUGGUGGAGGAAGAGGGCGAGGAAAUCGCUGGCCGCAACGUCCAAGACCUGCGUCUCCAGCACAACGAGCUGCGCAGCCUGGACGGUUCUCUGUUCUUGGGCAUGAAGGAGCUGCAGAGGCUCAAUCUCAGUCACAACGCGCUCGGGCCUACGAUCGGACCGCGUGAUCUGCGCGGCCUCGGCGGACUCCGCGUGCUCGACAUCUCGCACAAUCAGUUCAUAACUCUCGAGGACAUGUCCGAGACCUGGAUGCCGGUUCUGGAAGAACUGAACGCGUCGCACAAUCGUCUGGUCACUCUGUCUGGUCGCGACUUUCGCGGUUUCCCGGUGCUCUGCUGGGCCGAUUUCAGUAUGAAUCAAAUACGUACUGUCAUGCCGGAGUUGGUGGCUAAUACGCGAUGCACGAUUCACGGAGUCCCCGACGUGCUACGUAUAUAUCUUCAAGACAAUCCCGUGUUGUGUGACGACGGCCUGGCAGACCUGACUGUUGCACUCGAGGUAAAUCACGCAAAAAUCUACGGACGCAACACCUGUCCGAUCACGACCACGUCACAGUUACCGCCGGCACUUUUGCUAGCCGCCGCGGCGGCCGCGUCCGGCGGCAACGUGUCUUUUGCCGCCACCCUCGAGUAAGAAGACGGAGAAGAAGAGGAUCCAUGUCGCCGUGGCGUGCACGAUGAUGACCUUUCAAGGAUAUAAUCGCACGAGUUUAUCAGCAUCUUAACAGGGUGUGUGUGUGAGAGAGAGAGAGAGAGAGAGAGAGAAAGAGAGAGAGAAAGAAAAUGCAUUGAGAGAGACCCGGAAGUCUCAAACUAUUUCCGCGAUACAGAGGAUCGCGCGCGAAAACUCUUGUUGGACAGGAGACGGCGAAGAAGAACAAAGAGGAGCAAGGAAGACCACAAAAACGAAAAUACGGAACGGAGCGAUUUAUCGAAUAUUCGACAUGCCGUUUCUGGAAACGUACUACUUGCGAUAGUAGUGUCGUAUUUUGCAUGCACUGUACAUAACGUCGUGCGUUUUAAUUCACAGGCGCUCUUUUAUUCUUCGCGUUUUCGAAGGCACGGGUGCGUACAUAUAUGUAUAUAUGUAUAUGCAAAGUGAAUGCGCGUGUGCGUCCUGCGUGUGAACAGCAAAUUCCGCGGCGGAUCCAUUAUUCCAUGAUAAGGAACAAUCCUGAACGUUCAAAAUUUAUCCAUCGCAUAUCUUCAUUGCCGGGCGGAGGUCGAAGUCUCGUAAUGAUAAAAAAAAAAAAAAAGAUUCCCACAAUUCGGCAAGAUCCAAUACUGAACACUGGGAUUAGAGCACGUACAAGUGAAUUGUACGUUACUUCUUCGUUCUUAACAAUUCGAUAAGAUCGUUGUACGCCCUUUCAUUGUAAAUAGCCACUUAUGAGCGAAACUCAUCUUUAAUUUAGCGCUUUUAGCCUCUAAAUUGUGUACGAAGCUGGUGAAUAGUCGACAUCGUAUCGGUAUCUAAACAAAGCUUCAUAGCGUCCACAAUUUUUAUUUUUAUUUCCGUGUAUUUAACGCAUAAGUCGCGCUUGACGAAUUUGUUUCUUGCAUGUUGUAAAAUAGUUUCGAGAAUGUUACGCGAACAAAGAAACUACACAUCGCACACAUAUACACAGCCUUCUACAACAUAAUAACUCACAGAAGACUUCGGUCUUCGAUCGAAUCUCUCAAUAGUCAUGCAUAUGCAAAUGAAUUCCCUUGCGGGUCAAUGAAGCAAAUAAAAUCUGUUAACUUAUGCCGUUAGCGCGGACAGAUUGGCAGUGGGCGAUCAAUUGACUCUUUUGUUAAUUCGUGCCAAUAGGGACGAAUUAUUGUCAACGUGCCUCCGGGCAUACAUAAUGUAACACAACCCGUUUAGCCGCAUAUACGGUGUUCAACUAUUCCAGAUACAUGCGCGCGCAUAAAUAAUAAUAAAAUGCAACGCGAAAAGACAUUUCCGUGACUGAAGAUCGCGAAGUUAAAUUUUUUUUUUUUCAUUUUUAAAUGAAAUCACAGAGCAAUUUCUUGCUCGGUUUUUUCGUUACACGCAGAAGCAGCCCAUUGCUUCGAACGACUGCUAACUUGGUGCUGCAAUUUCAAGUUUUUGUUUCGAAAUUAUUCAAAGUAAAGUUGCUCGCUCAUCUUGAUUAUGAAUAUAUUGCAACAGAGACGCUGAUGCACAGGAUUGCAGUUUAAUGUAGAAUCUAUUGUGUACUGUUCUUGAACUUAGCUUCUUACAAAUUGCCUUGUAAGCGGUAAUUUUACGAAUUUACGAUUUAUUCGCACGUUUGCUCGGAAUUGCAGCAUCAAUUAGCUAGAAAACUCAUAAUCAAAAUAAUAAUUUAUCUUUAUUAAGUAUUUUAAUGAAAAAAGUAACUUUACGUCGCACAUCGCUAGGGAGAGGCAAAAUAAAUAAUUAAGUAUUACGAGCUAAUUGUCUACACAUAUCUGUACGUGAGUAUAUUUUAUACAUACGGAAUACAACCGAAAAGACGAUUUUAACACAACGCCGAUCUUAUACGUGCGCCGUAUGUUUAAUUUUUAAGCGUCUAAGUGGUGUCACUUACUGAUGCCAUUCGAAACGAAGCAGCGCUAUAUGUACGCGUAGGUACCGUUUAUACAUUUUACAUACGAUAAGUACGAAAAGACAAAGCAGAGACCUGUUUUUACGUAAUUUUAGUUCUUAAGUUAUUUAUCCGCACUGUGAUUUGCAUUAUCCUCUUUCUCCGUUUUCGUUUUCUGCUUAAGUCUCGGACCAGAAACGGCAAAAAAAUCCUUGUAACCAAAUUAAUAAUAAAAUCGAAAGAGAAAUGACACAAAACACAAGAUACUGUAAUAUGUACUGUAGUUGAAUAAAAUCACGCUGACGUUUAAACAUAA